CCAGCCCCGAGUGGAGCAGCAGCAGCAACAGCUCGGAAACAUCUGGCCGCCGCAGAGUGCUCCGACUCCCCUCGUCCCCCCUCAGCUCGCCCGCUCCUCCUCGCCUUCGCCUCCUCCUUUCACAGCCCUGUUAUGGAAAUUAGUCCAAAGUCGAUCUAGUUCGGUCUCCGGCUGGACGGACACACCGGCGGCGGCGGCGGGGUUAACGCGGAGGCUGGACCGGACGCCAGGACGCCGGGAGGAAGACGUCGGACCGUGUUGUCUCCUCCCUCUUCUUCUUCUUCUCUUCUACCCACUCAUUGAUUCAGAGAGUGCGAGCGAGGAAGAGAAAGAGCAAGGAAGAAAGAGAGAGAGAGACACACACACAGCCAUUCCCAGCCAGCCAGCCAGAGAGCCCAGCUAUUCUGCUACAGUGGAGUUAAUCAAGUUGAUGCAUUCUGCUGCAGGUUAUGAGGACGGCAGGAUGGAGUUCCCAGACCACAGCAGACAUUUACUCCAGUGUCUGAGCGAGCAGCGGCACCAGGGCUUCCUGUGCGACUCCACGGUGCUGGUGGGCGAUGUCCAGUUCCGUGCGCACCGUGCUGUGUUGGCCUCCUGCAGCAUGUACUUUCACCUCUUCUACAAGGACCAGCUGGACAAGAGAGAUGUGGUGCAUCUCAACAGCGACAUUGUCACAGCCCCGGCCUUUUCCCUGCUCCUGGAGUUCAUGUACGAGGGCAAGCUGCAGUUCCAGGACCUUCCCGCGGAGGAUGUGCUGGCAGCGGCCAGCUACUUACACAUGUAUGACAUUGUGAAGGUGUGUAAGAAGCGUUUGAAGCAGAAGGCCACGACGGAGGCGGACAGCACGCGCAGAGAGGAGGACGGUGGCUCCAGCUGCUCUGAUAAGGCAGACAGUCUAUCAGACGGUUCCACCGGCCGGCCUGCGACUGCUGACCUGCUGCACAGUGAUGAAGAGGAGGAUGUGAAGGCAGAGAGUGCACCGCUGUGGCUGAGGCUGCCGUCAGCGGACAGACCAGCGACACCGGCCUUAGCUACAACCAGCCCACAGAGUCACAGUGAGGCUGUGACACAGGCUGCGGAGAGUCUUCGGGAGAGAGGGAAGCUGCUCUCUCCGGCCGGAAGCCCCUCCAGCUCCACUGGAUCCCUCUCCCAGAGGUCCCACCGCUCCGUGAGCUCUCGUGGAGCGCACAGGGGCAGGAGGGUCUCAAAUGAUGUGGCUGACUGUGUCCUGGACCUGUCAGUGAAGCCUGUCCCCAGUAGCAACCACAGUAACCACCACCAAUCCUACUACAGCGGUGCAGCCACACCAGACCGCCUCCAAAGCCCAUUGGCUGUGAGGGUGAAGGUAGAGAGAGGCGUGGCUUCAGACGAGGAAGAGGAACUAGGAGGUGCGGACUAUGAAAUGGAGCACAGCGGCAUCACCAAGGCCACAGUUCCCAGUGCCAACGGGGGCCUGACCCACCACGGGGUCGGAGGCCCUCUGUCCGUCCAGCGGCGGCUCGGCCUGGAGGCGCACCUGUCCGCCCUGCGAGAGGCCUCCCUGGCCUCCGAGCUGGAGCGAGACGAGAAGCCAACCACCGGAGAUGACGAGGACCUACUGGGAGGUGAACACGAGCGCGCCCAGGCCGAGGUGGCCAGCAUGGAUAGCGCCCUGCUGCCCUACGUCUCCAACAUGCUGUCAGCUCAACACACCCAGAUCUUCAUGUGCCCGCUGUGUAACAAGGUCUUCCCCUCCCCGCACAUCCUCCAGCUUCACCUCAGCUCCCACUUCAGGGAGCAGGAGGGCAUCCGCGCCAAGCCCGCCGGAGACGUCAACGUGCCCACCUGCACCAUCUGCAGCAAGACCUUCUCCUGCAUGUACACGCUGAAGCGCCACGAGCGGACACACUCUGGUGAGAAACCCUACACCUGCACCACCUGCGGCAAGAGCUUCCAGUACUCACACAACCUCAGCCGCCAUGCAGUGGUGCACACGCGGGAGAAGCCGCACGCUUGCAAGUGGUGCGAGCGGCGCUUCACGCAGUCCGGGGACCUCUACCGACACAUCCGCAAGUUCCAUUGUGAACUGGUCAACUCGUUGUCAGUAAAGAGUGAACCGCUGGCACUGCCCAAUGUCAGGGAUUGGGCGAUUGAGGACAGCUCCCAGGAACUGUGGAAGUAGAACAGACUGCUGGGUUGGAUAAAGGGAAAGAAAGAGCAGAGUGAGAAAGGCAGAGCGCCAUGGGGAGGUGAAGAGAAGUUUGAUGUUCGGGGUUUAA